AUGAAGGGACCAGUCUGCUCCGAUACAAACAAGACACAUUCAAUAGACUCUGUCGCCAAACAGAUAUCAAUACCAGAGACGAGAACAGCACUGGACUACUAUCCACCUCUACUCCGGCUACCUUCGGAGAUCCGACGCGAGAUUUUUAGAUAUCUCCUGCCAUCAUCGAACAAGCGAUUUCGAUUCUACACCGACUGCGACACCAAGGUGAUCAACAAGAAAUGGAACAGCCUAUGUCGCCCCCACCCUGACAAACCCACCCUCGAUGUCCUCCGAACGAAUCGCCUGAUUUACCAUGAAUGUCUCUCCAUCAUGUAUUCCGAAAACCUCUUCCACUUCUAUGGGUUCAAUUAUUUGCCUGUCCUGGAUUUCAUUCGCCGUUUGAGUCCCGAAGCCAAGAGCCUAGUACGCAAUGUCCGGCUUACGCUCCUUACCGAUCAGCACGAUGAUCAGCCAACCAAUCACGAUGCCUUCUGUACAGUUGUCCAUGAGUUUUUACCAGGCUUGAUUACCUUGCGGGCCGACCCUGUGGUGUUUUUCUGA